AUGUUGUUGCUGUUGUUGUUGCUGUUGAUAUUGUUGUUGUUGAUGUUGCGAAUCUCAAAACUGCCGGAGAAAGUGGUGGAUUACGUUGAUAAGUGUGCUUCAAUUUGCCAGCCAGAGACAGUUCACGUUUGUGAUGGGUCCCAGAAGGAUCAGGUGCACAUCUUUAAACUGAUGAGGAGGCAGGGUGUUGUUAGGCCACUCAUCAAAUAUGAUAACUGCUGGGCAGCCCGAUCGGACCCCCAAGAUGUAGCUCGCAUAGAACACAAAACAGUUACAGUGAGCACAAACAAGAGGAUGUCGGUUCCAAUUCCCGUCGACGGUCACAAGGGAAGUCUCGGUAACUGGAUGUCCAUGAAGGACAUGGAGAUUGCAUUCAAGAAUCGAUUCCCUGGCUGUAUGAGAGGUCGUACGAUGUACGUCAUUCCAUUUUGCAUGGGUCCUUACGGCUCUCCUAUGUCUCGAAUUGGCAUCCAACUAACUGACUCUCCUUACAUCGUGGCAAGCACCUACAUCAUGCUUAGGGUGGGCAGUCAAGCCCUAGAGGCCCUUGGUAAUGGGGAAUUUACAAAGUGUCUGCAUUCUGUUGGAGAUCCUCUGCCAUCGCAUAGAAAAACGGUAAAUAACUGGCCGUGCAAUCCCGAGAAGACACUUGUUGCGCACAUUCCCGAAAACAACGAGAUCAUUUCGUUUGGCAGUGCAUAUGGUGGAAACGCCAUGCUGGGCAAGAAAUGUCUCGGUCUGAGGUUGGGGAGUGUCUGGGCGAGGGACGAAGGCUGGCUGGCUGAGAACAUGAUGAUUGUUGGGGUGACGAACCCCGAAGGUCAGAAGAGGUACAUAGCAGCUGCAUUCCCCGGCUCGUGUGGCAAAACCAACCUGUCCAUGCUUCAACCCACACUUCCUGGCUACAAGGUGGAGUGUGUGGGUGAUGACAUUGCUUGGAUGUGGUUCGAUGAUGAAGGCCAGAUGAGGGCUAUCAACCCCCAAGCUGGGUUUUUUGCUGUGGCACCAGGCACAUCAAACAAGACCAACCCAAAUGCCAUAAAGACAAUAAUUCGCAAUACCCUCUUCACCAACAUUGCCGAAACUAUUGAUGGUGGUUUUUACUGGGAAGGACUCGAAGAUGAGAUCUCCCCAGAGGCUAUCAUCACCUCGUGGACCGGUGAAAAGUGGCAUAGAAAUUCAAAUAAGUUGGCUGCACAUUCUAAUGCCAGGUAUUGCGUAUCCUACAAGGAGUCACCGAUUCUCGAUCCCAACUGGGAAAAACCAGAGGGGGUACCCAUUGACGCCAUCUUGUUCGGCGGUCGUCGGCCCGAUGGUGUUCCUUUAGUUGUUGAGUCACUGGAUUGGAAGCAUGGGGUCCUCCUAGGUGCAUCCAUCAAAACCGAACCUACCCCUGCCUCUGAAAUGAAGGGGCCCAUGUUGCACGACCCCUUCUCCAUGCGGCCCUUCCUUGGCUACAACUUUGGUAACUACCUUGAUUAUUGGUUCGGCCUUGAAAAGAGCACGACCUCCGCCAGACCAGGGGGCUCCAAGACCCCUGCCCUACGCAGGCUUCCGCGACUGUUCAACGUCAACUUUUUCAGAAAGGACCCUGCCGAUGGCAGCUACCUGUGGCCCGGUUAUGGGGAGAACUUCAGAGUGCUGGAUUGGGUCUGCCGAAGGUUGGAGGGUCCACCUGAUGCCCCCGGGGCAAAGAAAACUUCCAUCGGCUAUCUGCCAGAGUUGGAACACUUUGAAACACGAGGCCUGGAUGAUAAAACCAUUGCCAACCUACCUCGCAUGCUAACAGUGGACAGAGACUUCUGGUUGCAGGAAGCGAAGGAGCUGCAGUACUUCUUCCACACACAACUCAACUACGACGUCCCGUCUGAGCUCAUCAGACAGCUCACGGCUCAAGAACAGAGACUUUACUACGAACCUAUGCCAUAA